AUGAACUUCUCAAAAGAUCAAAAUGGCUCACAUAGGGGCCAAUGGCAGCAGCAACAAAAAAGCAUUCAAGAGCAAGGUGCUAGCCAGCAAGGGAUGCAGAACCCACCAUUAGCAAACUACACCUUACCGGGUGUAAUUAAUUAUUUGACAUCAGAAUUCACAAACUUAGAACGCUUUAAGAUCGUGACGAGACUAGAAAACUCGGAGAUGAAGUAUAAAAUUUUGCAAUUGCAAGGAGAAAUGAAUUCCUUGAGGUAUAUUAAUGAGAGACAAAAGACUCUCAUUAAAGAGCUUGAAGAGGAAAACAGUAAGUUGAAAGGGGAAAAUGUGAAUGACAACGUAAAUCAAGAAGAAGUUGGCGAACAAGAGAUACCGGAGAUUGACUUGCUGGUAAUCAAGAAAUCGAGAUAUCAACUAACCAAGUCCAUGAAGGAGAUACUUCAAUUGCUCAAAACACCUACAUGUAAUAAUCUUAAUAGCUUGAACUUGCCAGACCCCAGCGAAUCAACUUCUGAAUUCGAUAGUGUGAUAGAUAAGAAGUUCAAUAGCUUUAUGUUUCAAGAAGACAUAGACAGCAAUAAAAACGCUAACAGAGAAAAACUAGAAAAAGGAUCAAUCUUUUCAAAAUAUUUAUCAGAGAAUAACGAAGACCAUGAUCAAAGUUCAGAACACAGUUAUAGGGAAAUAUGGGGUGACCAAGACAACUCUAAUGACAUAGACUCUUCUUUGAGCGCGAUCAAUAAGUUACCCUCAGAGCCUUGCGAUGAAAUGGAAAGAUUUCCAACAAGUAAAGAUAAUGAUUUAAGUGAUACCGAAACAGUGUUUUUAGAUGAAAAUCCGGAGAAAAAGAUUUUGGUGCCUUCUUUGGAAAUCCAAGUUAAAGAAACAUCCUUUUCGGAAUACAAAGUUUUCAAUUCAGGUGGCUAUAUCACCGCUAUGUCAUUCAAUUCUGCGUUGGAUGAAAAGCUAAACGUGAGGGUUUGGUCGUACACAUUGAAGGAUUUAGUUACGGAAACUACUUUGAGCCAAUCUCUUUUAGGAGAUAAUCUGCUCAUCCUCCGUAUAUACACCCUACAUGCUAAUGCAUCAGGCGCAGACUUUCUUUUCGUUUUUAAAUCGGGCCAAGUUACUCAAGUUUCUUUUAGAGUUGGAUGUGACCCUUUUUACGACACGGCCAUUGAUCUCAAUCAGCAAGGAAAUCCAAUAAUUUCUAGUGAUUUGAUUGAAUUCACCCACAAGUCUAGUACUGAUAUGAAAUAUUUUGGACUCAUAGUGAAUACAUCAAGUAAGAAAUCUGCAUAUUUCAAAGUCUAUGAGCUCAAUUUAGUCGGAGGACAACUCACAACAAAAGAAAUAGGAAAUUAUAAUAAGACUUUCUUCAAACUGUCAAUCAAACUUAGCGAAAAUGAUUACUUUGAAUUUGUCCAUUGGUUUAAGAAUGCAUCUGCGGAGCAAUCAAAGCCCUCGGGAUCUCCCAAAAUCAAAAAGCAUAGUAAAACAGUAUCUUGUAAUGACAUAUCCCUAUUUCAAUAUGAGAUCAUUUUGAAAUUGAAUAAACUGCUUGUCAAACUCAAUCUAAUUUCGAAACAGUUUUCUGUCUUAACAGAAUACGAUAGCUCGGAUUCCACGUGGGAGGGAUUGGUGGUUUCAAACUUCAAACUAUUAGUUGAACCAUGCUCUCCCACUAAUAUUUCUGGUAGCUUUGGCUCAUAUAAGAUAAAACUUUUUGAUAUGAUCGACCGAAUUUCUACAGGAGAACUAAUUGUCGAUGAUCUUCAGCUUGCUAUCAUGAACAAUAACGGAAAGUUAAAUGUAGUUAAGCUUCAAGGUGAUAAUCUUUUAAUCUAUGAUACGUCGCUUACAUUUAUCAGAAGUUUUAAACUUCGUCACACACCGGAAACUUUGGCUAGGUUUAAUGAACAGGUAGUGUUUACAAAGGAUCUGGAAUCCAUGCAAUUUUAUGAUAUUGCGGAGUUUUAG